ACAAUCAACAUUCAACAAGUAAUGUGAUUGUAAAAGUAUGAAAAGUUGUAAAAAAAUAACAAAACAAUAAAAUAUUACUUAAAAAUGAAGUUAAAUAAUUUGGAGGCUGCCGCCCGGCUGAAUCCAUGUUUGAAGGAGCAAAAUCAAUCUUACGAGUGCUUAAACAAGAAUGGAUACAACCAGGAAAAAUGUGAAGCUUAUUUCGAUAACUAUAACACUUGCAAAAAGUUUUGGAAUCAAGUUUCUAAAGACAGAAGAGCAAGGGGAAUAAAACCACAUUUACCAGAUUUGGAAGAAAGGGAAAAAGUAAAAGAAGAAUAUAUCAAAGCUUGGGGGAAUUAAUACCAUUGUCAUUUAAAAAUACACAUGGACAAAUAGCACUUUAUAAAAUUAAGUCUGUAAGCAAUUGUAA